AUGGGAUGCUCUAUGUCUAGUAUUGUAUUCCAACCUCCCCCUCCCAAAGUCCGCCAGCUUUGUUCCAGUCUUUGCCUCAAAACUGCAGACGGCAAUAUGAUCCCAGCAAAAUUUUUUAACUUCAAUCGCAAAUACACUAUUCUCAUGUCCCAUGGCAAUGCAGAAGAUAUCACCAGAGUUGAAAGCUGGGUUCAGCGAGUGUUUGUUCAUAAAAUAAAAGCAAAUGUGAUGCUUUAUGAGUAUACAGGCUAUUCUGAUACCUCAAUAGAGCCUAGUGAAAAAUACGUUUAUUCAGACUGUGAAGCUGCCUUAUGAUUUCUUACUGAAAUUCUAAAAAUCCCCAUAAACAGAAUUGUUUUAUACGGAAGGUCGCUAGGGUCAGGUCCAAGCUGCUAUUUAGCUGAAAAAUAUCCAGAACUAGGAGGCCUAAUCCUUCAGACUCCUCUCAGCUCAAUUUAUCGAGUAAUUUUAGAAUUUCGAUUUACACUGCCUGGAGAUAUGUUUGCCAAUAUCGACAGAAUGAAAAAUAUUACUAUUCCUUUGCUUAUCAUACAUGGAACCCGAGACGAAAUUGUUCCUAUGCAGCAUGCCAAGGAGCUCUAUAAAAUCGCCAAAAGUCAAAAAAAGCAAACUUAUUAUAUAGAAGGAGCUGGGCACAACAACAUAGAAUCUGUUGCAGGGCAGCCUUUGUUUGAUACAAUGCAAAGUUUUAUUGAUAGUUUAGAUUGCUAA